CGCGCAGCCGAUGAGUUUUAUAGCAACUGUUGCCCAGUGAGGCAACGCCAUAGUCCCCGUAGUCCUGGCGACUGUAACCCACCAACAACAACCUCUCGCUCCAUCAUUACCACCUCCUCCACCAUCCUCAUCUUCAUCAACCAGUCCGCAGCUCAGGCGCCAUGCAGACCCCUGAAGCAGGCGCUGACUCCACCUCCACUGUCCCUCUCCAGACCACCGUGCCUGUCCAGCCUACCAGCUCCACCCAGCAGGUGCCUGUUCAGCAGCAGCAGGCGCAGACUGUUCAACAGGUUCAGCAUGUUUACCCAGCACAGGUGCAGUAUGUGGAGGAAAAUAGUGGCGUCUACACCAACGGCAACAUAAGAACCUACACGUAUUCGGAGCCGCAGCUCUACAGCCAGAACAGUGGAGGGAGCUACUUCGACACGCAGGGCAGCUCAUCGCAGGUGUCCACUGUGGUGACGUCUCAUGGCAUGACCAACAACGGAGGGGGGAGCACUGGAGGGAUGAGCAUGGGCAUGGCAGGGGGUCAGGUAAUCAGCAGCAGCUCUGGGGCCUACCUGAUGGACAACGCCGGACCCCAUCCUGCCACCCAGACGGCACGAGCCUCUCCGGCCACUAUUGAAAUGGCGAUUGAGACGCUCCAAAAAUCUGAGGGUUUAUCCAGUCAGAGAAGCUCGCUGCUCAACAGCCAUCUCCAAUGGCUGCUGGACAACUACGAGACAGCAGAGGGAGUUAGUCUACCGCGGUCCACCCUCUACAAUCAUUACCUGCGGCACUGCCAGGAGCAGAAACUAGACCCUGUAAAUGCAGCAUCUUUUGGCAAACUCAUUCGCUCCAUCUUUAUGGGACUCCGUACGAGGCGCCUCGGGACGAGAGGGAACUCAAAAUACCAUUACUACGGUAUACGAGUGAAACCAGACUCGCCGCUCAACAGACUUCAAGAAGACAUGCAGUACAUGGCGCUCAGGCAGCAACCAGUUCAGCAGAAACAGAGGUUCAAGCCAGUGCAGAAGUUCGACAGUGGCUCCGGAGACAAUUACACAAGCGGGGGGCAGCACCAUCCUGGAGCGGCAGAGCAGACAGUCAUUGCACAGAGCCAGCACCACCAGCAGUUUCUAGAUGCAUCGCGGGCACUCCCUGACUUUAUAGAGCUGGACCUGGGACAGAGCAGUAUGGAGAACAUCAGUCCAGAGGAUGUGAAAGCUCUACAGUCCCUUUACAGAGAGCACUGUGAGGCUAUCUUGGAUGUUGUUGUCAACCUCCAGUUCAGUCUAAUAGAGAAGCUGUGGCAGACGUUCUGGCGUUAUUCUCCUCCUGACACAGUAGAGGGCGCCACCGUAACAGAAAACAGCAGCAUAAGCGAGAUUGAAGCACGGCUCCCUCGAGCACAGCUUUUGGCGCUGUGCAGGAACGAGGCCGUUCUUAAGUGGAUGAGCACCUGUGACCAUUUAAUGUACCAGGCCCUCGUGGAGAUCCUGAUUCCUGAUGUCCUGAGACCCAUUCCCAGUGCCUUGACUCAAGCCAUUCGCAACUUUGCCAAAAGCCUGGAAGGUUGGCUUAGUAAUGCCAUGAAUGCCAUUCCACAGAGAAUGAUCCAGACCAAGAUUGCCGCUGUUAGUGCCUUUGCGCAAACGUUGCGCAGAUAUACAUCGUUGAACCACCUGGCUCAGGCGGCACGUGCUGUGUUGCAGAACACAUCCCAAAUCAACCAGAUGCUGAGUGAUCUCAACCGUGUUGACUUUGCCAACGUACAGGAGCAGGCGUCCUGGGUGUGCCAGUGCGAGGAGGGCGUGGUCCAGCACUUGGAGCAGGACUUCAAGGCCACCCUGCAGCAGCAGAGCUCUUUGGAGCAGUGGGCAGCCUGGCUGGACAACGUGGUCACCCAGGUGCUCAAGCCUUACGAGCACCGGCCCAGCUUCCCCAGGGCAGCCAGGCAGUUCCUGCUGAAGUGGUCCUUCUACAGUUCUAUGGUGAUCAGAGACCUGACCCUGCGUAGUGCUGCCAGUUUCGGUUCCUUCCACCUGAUCCGCCUCCUGUAUGACGAGUACAUGUUCUACCUUGUGGAACACCGGGUGGCUCAGGCUACUGGAGAGACGCCCAUUGGAGUCAUGGGCGAGUUUGACAACCUCCACACCUUAUCCCUUGCUAGCAUCGAUAAAGACGAAACUAGCGGGAUGGACAGUGACUUGGAAGAGGACACAGAGGACUCCGGAGAACCUCUCGCCAAGCGCGAGAAGCCGGAGCACGAGGUAAUCCAAGUGAUCCAGGUCGGGGCGCUGGAGGACGGGUCCCACCCUGUGGUGGGUGUCGUCCAGCACAGUGUUCUCCACUCGCUGCAGCAGCCCCUGCAGGACCACACCGAACACAUCCUAACGCCCUCUGCUGGGACUCCCACCAUCCGCCACUGCAGCACCACAGGCAACACGUAUGCCUCCGUUUGAGGGUCAAAGGGCACAGCUUCACCUUGUCUGCCUAGUUUUACCGUCCCACUCUCCACGUCUCUCUCUCCCUCUUUACGUCUAGAUGUCUGCAUCUUUUUACAUGCGUUGUCUCUGUUUGCGCUCUGCCCCGCGUAGCGGGUGGAGGAGUGACACUCCGGCCAGGAUGUGCUCUGUCCUUGUCUGUUUGGAUUCUGGAUGUGUAGUCGCCUUGUUUCAGUCUGUGGAAGGGACCUGGAGGAAAAGGGACUCGAGUGCGCCGUUAAAUGUUUCCUCUUCAGACGCGACUUAAGGCUUCCGUCUGUCCAUGCGGACGGGUUUUAUCCCUUCAAACUGCUGAUGUCUCAGAGCUCAAAUCCACGUCACUAGUCCCAGUAGAGCAAAACGCAUCGAAUCACUCAAAAUCUCCACCUGUUGUACAUAGUUUUGCUGUUCUUUUUUCGAUCGACACUACUCCAAACUCAUGGUGCUAUCAUUGUGGUUUGUUUUUCAUGGAAUUUCUUUGUCUUUUCUGAUUUCUGUCAACAACGCUGAUAGACUUCCGAUUGAGCGAGACGUUUCUGAGUAUUGUAUGUAGCUAGACAACAAAGGGUCAGAUUCUAGAAAUGAUGGGGAAACUUCGGUUUGACAGUUGUAUGGUAGCCACUUGCACAAAAACACUUGCAUCUUUUAGUGAUAUUAGAAGUAAAAGAAAAAAAAAACCUGUACUGCUGCUUUUGUGUAUACAGAUGAGAUUCGGGAUGAAAUGGGGAGGGGGGAAGUUUUUUUUUUAUGCACCGCGUGCAUAGUGCUUGCCUUUUAGAUGCCUCGUAAUGUGGUUUACGUGACGUGAUCUUGAAAGACUCUUGGCAGCCGUUUUCCCUGCUUUUACAAGUUUCUUCUCACUUCAUGAAAUUCCUUACGUUUGCAGUGGACCAAAAAAUUCAACCAACAGAGGAGGCUAAGCGCGAGUCUCUCGAUGCCACACACGGAUGCUGUUCCCUGUCCCCGCAGUGCCAUGUCGCGACGCAGAAUUAAAAAAAAAAAAAAACUAAAAAUGGGAAAGAAAAAAAAAAUCUAUAUAGAAUGUCAGGGAUUUAAUGUACCUCGGCUUUAUCAUAGUGCCUUAUCCUUAAAUGCAGCUCGUCCGCGUAGUCCUGACCUGAGGUUGCCCAGCCGCAGAUUUGGUUUCUGGUGACUCGUGGCUGGAUUUGGGCUGGCUCAUCAGUUCUUUGUUGUUGUUUUUGUUUAUUUGUUUUCUUCUGAACCUAUCUGAGUCACAGUCACAGUCUUAGCCUUGUCCUGCCCUCGCUCUGCCUUCUUGAGGCCUAUUUCUCGCAUUUAGCCUUUGUCAUCGGAUGAAGUGAGCGUGUGUUUUGCGUGGGUGUGUCUUUUGACUUUUUCUUGGGUCUGCGCUGUGCUUUUUAUGUGCUCAUACGCCCUUCAUCUUGUGUGCUUGUGUGUGUGUGCGUGCGUGUGUGUAUGUGUUGGGAACACAUCCAUCAGUCACCCUACCUCAAACCGGUGGUGCCAACCCUUUGAUGCGUGCAGCACAGUCACCAAACCUUAAUGCACACACACCACUGUACUGCACAAAUCUCAACACGAAGAGAAAACCUGCAUUGCUUUUCUCUCACCUCUGAUGUACUUUGAUUUCAGUUUUUAGCCCAUAAAAUGCUUAACCCUUUGUUCCCUGUUUAGAGACCAUCUUUGUACAGUGGACCAAAAGUAGAUAUUUUCUAAUAUUCAGAGAUAUAAAUAUAUAUAUAUAGAGAUAUAUAUAUAUAUGUAUAGUAUAUAAAAUGAUGAUACACUACAUAUAUUUGUUGCUUUUUACGUGUUUGAUCCGAUUGUUAAGACGUGAAUGUUUCUUUUGGUAGCUCAUCUGUAAUUACUCCAUUGACUGUGAAAUAUGAACAGCUUGGGAACUGCAGCGCCUUGCCAAAGUAUCCUCGCCUCCUUUCACAUUUUGAAACCGUACUACGGCAAACUUCACUUUGUUUUCUGUCUGGAGCUCUCCAAAACCUAAACUGGUGCAUAAUUGUAGAUGGGUUGGAGUUUACACAUCUGAAAAGUGUGGCCUGCAUUGUUGUCCUGCUGAUUUGUCUUUUGCUGCAUGUAGAGCUGCAUGUCUGUUGGGUUUUCCUCUACCAGCUCUGACAAUCUUAAGACUGGAUUUUCGGCCCAUUCUUCUUCGCAGGUGGUUUCACACCUGUAGCUCGUUUACUUUGGUCAAAAUCACUUGAUGAGUUUAACUUUUAGGAAAAAAAAACAACAACUCUAAACCUACAUUCAGUCUGUUUAUUGGUUGCAUGUGUUUAACCUAAAUGCAAGUACAGGAAGCAGUCACUGUGUUCUGAGCUGGUAGGAAUCAUUAGUGUGUUUCUGGCUACUGUUUCAUGCAAGAAUUAUCUGAGCAGUAUGCAGAAUGCUUUUGAAUGUUGCAUGGCGGCUUUUAUGCUUUACAAAAAAGACUUGUGGGGUUUUUUUUGUUAGCUUGUUUACUUUGCAGCGUCCCAUAAUGCAAACCUGACUAUGAGAAGGCGUUUGGCUCAAAGUUGCAGCCCACACAUGGUGGCUGUGUCAAAUCCCAUUCACACCGUAAACGAACCGCCACAUCUACCACAACUGGACCAGAGUUCGCCUUUAGACAAGCUCACGCAUCAGUUGCAGGAUAUCAUUGAGGGGUAUCAGGGUGAACACACACACACUCCAGAUUUCUGUUGAUUUUUUUAUAUCAUUUUCUUCCUACUUCAGUUAUGCACCAGUUUGUUUUAGUGGAUUACAUAAAAUCCCAAAUACAUAUGAAGAAGUUUGUGUUUGUAAUCCGACAAAAUGUGGAAUUGGUGUGAGAGGCAUAAAUACUUUAGCCAGGCAUUGUAUUGUAACCUUUGAAUCCUUAGACUACAACUAUACUUGAACUGUUUUAGCCUUCUACGUUGUGGGGAAUAUUGAGAUUAACCUCUAUGUGGAAUUUUUUUGUUUUUGUUGCUACACACAUUUUUGCCGGGUUUUUUUUUUUUUUUUUUUUUUAUGCUCGUCUGUAACAUUUCUCCACAAAAUGUUUAUUUAUUGAAUUGAUAUUUAUUGCAUUUCUGUUUAAAGUGCUUAUGGGUACGAUGUAAUGGCAUCUGAUGAUAAAUCAGAAAUUAUCCCACUGCAAAGUGCAAACCUACUGUACAGAAAGAGCAGAAAGUUGGUUGUUUUGUUUUAUUCUUUGUAUUCUCUGUAGGCUGAAUAUUUGUGUUAAAGAAAAGGGGGAGUAGUAGCACUGUAUUUGCUGUAAUUACAAACCUUUGUCUUGCUAACAGUGCACAGGUGGCUUGACUUUUUUUUUUUGUUGUUCAACUUAGAUGGGCCUCAAUAUUGAAUAGGGUGGGAAAGUGCAAAUACAUUGUGUGAUUUACGUUAGCGAGUCAGCGGACUCGACGGUGUUGUUCGUUUGUUGGGGGGAGUUUUGAAAAGGAAGCCAGGUUCUCGCUCUGAUCGUGCUGUCUUGAAAUAUUUGACCAGAUCUAGAAACUGUCCACACUUAGAUCUGGCUUUCUAGUUUUAUUUGUUGGGAAUUGUUAAAAGUCUCAAAAAGAUAAAUGAACUAUGCUUUGAAGGCCUUUUCUUUUUUCUUUCUUUCUAACCUUUUUUUGUACCCACUUUAUUCUUAAAAAAAAAAAACUGUUCAAGUUCAGGCAAUAAGUGGAGACUGUGGCUUAAAACAUGAGAAAAUGAAAAAACUGUAAUGGUUCAUCUCCACAUUCUCUCAACUUGAUGAAUUAAAGAAUACUACUCUAUUUAAAACUUUUAAAAAGGCCCUCAAUCUUGGUUUAAGUUAUAAAAACCUUAUUGUGUCUCCGACAUGGUUACAGUUCUUCUUUUGCUGUUCUUGAAUUAAUCUCAGCUUCCUUGUCAUAUAUUUUUACCAAACAAUGUGGAUCGUGAUUUUUAUAUUUAGUGCCUGAACGGUGUUUGUUUGUUUUUUGUUUCGAUCUCAGUUGUGUGCUCUUUAAAUUUGAAGUGCUUUCUGGUUGGGUUCAGCUGCUGGAUAUGCUGUUCUCACCAAUCUAACCAUCUCACCCCCCCCACACCCUUAUUUCAUUUUCAAUCAGAUUACAGGUGCAUCUAAAAAAACAUUUCAACAUUAUUGAAAAAUGUCUUUUUUUAUUUAUUAAAUGCAACAAAAAAAAUUAAAACUCAUAGAUUCAUCAAACACUGAGAUAUUUCAAGCAUUUAUUUCUGUUAAUUUUCACGUUUUUAUCUUACGGCUAAUAAAAACAGAAAAAUGCUGAUUUCUCAGAGAUCCUCCCUAGAUUCUCUGUGGGAUCCAGGCCAGGUCCGUCUGCUGACCAAUCGAGGGCAGUGAUGCCCUCGAUUGGCACCUGCCCAUUAAAGCAGGUGUUAAAACGUUUGGCAGUGCGGGCAGGAACAAAAUUCUCCUGGAAAAUAGACUCUAGAUCUCCAUUAGGCUCUUCGACUUUGGACUUUAAAAAAAAAAAAAAAAAAAAGGAUAUGGCUCCUCAAAUAAUCACUGGAAACGUUACACUGAACUUCAAUUUCAAAGUGACAUUUAAAGUUUACUUAUUUCCUUUCCUAAAACAGGGCUUUUUAACCGCUGAUGGCUUUGGAAUGUGAGAGUUGUAGCCUGUUGUGUACCUUCUACUACACUUUUUUCUUCCACUUAACUUUUCCACUUAGCUUAGUUACUCCACUCAGAAAAGGCCAGAUUCUUCAUGUGGUCUUCACCGUGAUUUUGGAAGCCAUCGUUUAACAUUUCUAUAUUUAAAUUUCUUUCUUAAAACAAUUGAUCUUUAUGUACUAUUUGAAAUUACACAGAAACUGAAUUUUGUGUUUUACUUUGGCUGUAAGAUAUCACCGGAAUUAAUGGAAACACAAUGCAUCAUGUCUUGUCUAUGCUUAAAUAAACCUUUUUUGUUAUUAUUUUAAUUUGUUAAAAAUGCACCUGUAUAGUUCUUGAACUGAAACCUGCCUGAUGUUAUUGCUGCCAGUGGUAUAGUGUUUGAUUUGUCGUUAGGAAAAAAAACAAACAAUCCGGUUCCAAAUCCCUAAGUUUGAAUAGAAAUCCAGUAGAAUCUCCUCCACAUGAACGAAAUAACAGCUUCACUGAACCACAGAAAACUCCGGUGCCUUUCAUUUCGCCCCAGCUGCAGCAGAUGGCCUCGGUGGUCACUGGGUCCGAGGUUGGCCAGACUUGGUCUAAACAGCAGUCAUCACACUGGACAGGGGCUGCCAAUUUUAAAAAAAAAAAAAAAAAAAAAACUGCAAAAGCAUUAUGAACCUACAAACUUUGUUGAUGUAUAGAAGUGUUAAAAGCACCAGGAGCGUUCCCGUUUAGUACAAAAAAA